UAUUCGCAAAAAUUUGUCUGGAAUAAGGGUCUUUGACAGUUCUGUUGCAGGUCUAGGAGCAACGGGAAAUGUUGCCACGGAGGAUGUGGUGUAUAUGCUUCAUGGAAUGGGAUACGAAACAGGUGUCGACUUGUUGGAGCUAGUGAGAGUUGGGAAUUAUAUAUCCCAGCAAUUAGGUCGUUCGAAUGGAUCUAAAGCAGCCAUAGCUUUGAGUUCAAAAUUACAAAUAAAUUGA